AUGGCACACCAAUUGCUCUCGUCGGCUAAUAAACUGGAGAAACUCAUUCUGAAGUCUGCUCAGAGAGGUUAUUUCGACACCGCUCAGCUGAGGCGACAUUUGUCAUUGCUUAAGAAUGGUACAACGUUGUCUACGAUCGAACAGUUGCAACAAAAAUGGAGAGCAUUCUGCAAACAACCGCCUAAAGGAUUUGAAAAGUUUUUUAAACCAGGUGAGGCCAAAAAUGUUGAAAAUGGUGGCAAGAAGGCGAAAGAAGCAUCAAAUAAAAAAGCUAGUACACAAAGUCCUUCUUCAUCUAAGUCUUCGUCUAGUUCCAAAGGUAAUUUUGAAUGGUCAUUUAAACAGUCAUUUCCAUUCAGUGGUGGUCCAGGGGGUGGUAAACCGUUCGAAGGCGAAAGCAAAGAUAAAACGUUCAUGAUACUGAGUGCAUUUAGCGUAGCCGGCCUGCUUGCAUACAUCUUUUCACAAGAUUUUAAUCAGAAAGAAAUCACAUGGAGAGAGUUCACAUAUAACUAUUUGAGUAAAGGUAUCGUCGAAAGGUUAGAAGUAGUAAAUAAGAAAUGGGUGCGCGUGAAACUCCUGCAAGGAAAUACUGUCGAUGGUUCUAAUAUAUUGUGGUUCAAUAUUGGAAGUACCGAUACGUUCGAGAGAAAUUUGGAAAACGCACAGUUAGAAUUAAACAUGGGACCCGAAAAUUAUAUCCCUGUCAUUUACAAGAAUGAGUUUGAGAGCUCGAAUCUACUGAUGUAUCUGCCACAAAUUCUCAUGUGGGGAUUCCUCUUUUACUUGAUUCGAAGAUCUGCAGAAGUAAUGAGUGGUAAGGGUGGGAAGAAAGGUGGGCUUUUUGGCGCUGUUAUGGAUUCAACCGCGAAGCUGAUUAAUUCGAAGGAUAUUGGUGUCCGAUUUAAAGAUGUAGCCGGUUGCGAAGAAGCCAAGCUCGAGAUUAUGGAGUUCGUGAACUUCUUGAAGAAUCCACAGCAAUAUAUAGACCUCGGCGCUAAGAUUCCAAAGGGCGCGAUGUUAACUGGGCCACCCGGUACUGGUAAAACUUUAUUAGCCAAAGCUACAGCUGGUGAGGCGAACGUGCCCUUUAUCACUGUGUCGGGCUCGGAAUUCUUGGAGAUGUUCGUGGGUGUCGGUCCAUCCAGGGUGCGCGAUAUGUUCUCCAUGGCACGAAAACACGCACCGUGUAUAUUAUUUAUCGAUGAAAUCGAUGCGGUCGGACGGAAAAGAGGAGGCCGGAACUUUGCGGGACAUUCUGAGCAAGAGAACACGUUGAAUCAACUCUUGGUAGAAAUGGAUGGAUUUAACACAACGACCAACGUGGUUGUGCUAGCGGCGACAAACAGAGCAGACAUCCUGGAUAAGGCGCUACUCAGACCCGGAAGAUUCGACCGACAAAUAUUCGUACCUGCACCGGACAUCAAAGGACGCGCAUCGAUUUUCAAAGUGCAUUUAGCUCCUUUGAAAACGACGCUAGACAAGGACCAAUUAGCGAGAAAGAUGGCUUCCUUGACUCCUGGAUUUACAGGAGCCGAUAUUGCAAACGUUUGCAACGAAGCAGCUCUGAUAGCAGCAAGAGAUUUGAACUGCAACAUUGAGCUCAAGAACUUCGAGCAAGCUAUCGAUAGAGUAGUCGCUGGCAUGGAAAAGAAGACCAACGUGUUACAACCUGAGGAAAAGAAGACGGUGGCGUACCACGAAGCCGGCCACGCGGUAGCCGGCUGGUUCUUGCAGUAUGCAGAUCCACUUCUGAAGGUGUCCAUUAUUCCACGCGGUAAGGGAUUGGGAUAUGCGCAUUACUUGCCACGGGAGCAGUAUCUUUACACGAAGGAGCAAUUAUUCGAUCGAAUGUGUAUGACGUUGGGCGGACGAGUGUCGGAAGAAAUCUUCUUCGGUCGCAUCACGACGGGCGCCCAAGACGAUUUGCAAAAGAUCACACAAAUUGCGUAUUCACAAGUCACUCAGUUUGGUAUGAACGAGAAAGUGGGGAAUGUUAGUUUUGAGAUGCCGAAGCCGGGAGACAUGGUACUGGACAAGCCUUACUCUGAAUACACCGCGCAGCUCAUCGACAAUGAGGUUCGAGAGUUAAUCGAUAGUGCACACAAACGAACACGAGCCCUUCUCGGUGAACAUAAAGAGGAUGUAAUCAAGGUGGCCGAGCGAUUGUUGAAGCACGAGAUCUUGAGUAGAGACGACAUGAUUGAAUUACUUGGUGCUCGGCCAUUCCCGGAGAAGUCGACUUAUGAAGAGUUCGUCGAAGGCACAGGUUCCUUCGAGGAGGAUACCACGUUACCGGAAGGUUUGAAGGAAUGGAACAAAUCGAAAGAAGAUUCUUCCGAGGAAACCGACAAGAACAAAUCAGCGGAAACGGCAACAACAAAAUCUUCCAAAGUAUCCUCCGACUCAGAGAAUCAGCCACAGCAACGAGUGUGAAUGAAAUAUUUUAUAGUCUUUCGAAUGCUUUGUAUAAUAGUUGAGAAAAAUACACGGUUAUGAUAAGUUAUACAAGUUUACAUUGCAUUAGGCUGCAUCAACUGUUGUAAUCAACGUGUGUAACUGAUGAAAUUGGUAACUUAAUAUGACACUUUGCGAGAUUAUCUCGUAAUUAACACGUUGAGUGCGGUGGGAGUUGCGAUCUGCACUCGAGCACUCAAUGGCGCGCGAUGACGUGAAGACACCAGACUCCGGCGAUGUAUCAAAUUCUAUUUAAUAAUGCACUAAAUGAUAAUACUUGUAAUAUAACGGGAGUAACAACAGUGGUAAUUAAAAAGUGCAUUGAUUAAA